CUUCAUCACCAUCAAACCAAAACACAACUUCCCGCCUCUUCUGUGCGACCAUCGCAGGGCAAACACUUCUGUGAGUUGAGUGGUGCCCAUUUCGUGGCAGAUUGUCUUGUUGAAAGAAGCACUGGUCGAUCCCCGUUGAGUGAAGGAGGGAGGACUUUUGCUUUGUCGAGGAAUGGCGAGGGGGAUGGAGCACGACAGUGGCUUCACACUUGGCGACGACGAAGAGAUGAUGGACGACUCGUCGGCGACCACCUGGGGCGUGGCCUUCAGACACCCGCCGCCGCUGCCCGUUCACUCGGUGCCCUCGAAUGAGUCCAUCCAGUAAGCCAAGCAAACAGUACAACACACCCGGGGGGAUGGAUCGAUGGCCAGACGAGGUCUGAUGUGUGGCUGUGUGUGUGUCGGAUAUGUCAGGUUUGACACUCCCCUGUCGCUCAGCGACAAGCGGAAGUCAUCGUUGGACCUCGAGAAGUGCACCGACGCCGCAUGGACCAAACGGAUGCGCCAAAACACCACCGCCAGCACAGGUGACUGACUUGACGACAAUCAAUCGAUCCACCUUUCCACCCUACCAACCACACACGUGUGGACGCCUGUGUGUGUGUGUGUCGGCUCAUAUGGACAGGGUCAGGAGGCUCGUCUGUGAGUGGCGGUCAGAUGUCGUCAUCGUCGAGCACCACGGCGGCCACCCACCCCCACCCCCACCACCAUCAUCACACCCAUGGCCACACCUCUAGCGGCGCGUCCAGCCGGCAGGGCGUGCCGCACAGGGGGCUGGAGAGCGUCAGCGAAGACGACAACGACCGACUCGUCAGCGACUCCAGCACAUCGCAGCCAGACGCCUUGCGAAACGGCAUACCGUACGCACAAUCACACAAACACACACAGGCGGGCAGACGGGCAUCUCUCUUCUCUGUCUGUCUUUGCGCCUGUGUGUGUGUGUGUUGUGUUGUUCAGGUCGCUGAAUAUGGACGAGCGGUGUAACUGUUUGGUGGAUCCGUUGGAGGGCUUUGAGAGUAGCUCGUUUGGCGGCCGGCGGUCGCCGUCGCCCUUCGGCGACAUGCUCAUCGACAAACAACAGGACGAGCUCAUGAGCACCGUCCGAUUCCUCCAGGUGGGCACACGCCUGCCUGCCUGCCUGCCUGCCCACGCGCGACACACAGAUGGAUCCAUCCAUGUGUGUGUGGGUGCGUGUGGUUGUGAUGGUGUCAGAGUCACGUAGACGAGUUGCGUGUAAAGCUGUCGAUGCUGGCGCACAGCGGCACCAGCAACACGUACGAGGGCCGGAUGCUCGUGCACAGCGUCAUGGACAGACUGUUCGACGCUGACUUUGACUACUAUGUCAAGGUGAGUGAGUGAACCGGCCAUCCAGCCAGCCAGUCGACCGCAUCCACCUUGUGUGUGCAGGAGAGUGAGAGUCUUACCUUCGCCCCCAUACUGACCGACCCAGCGAUGCCUGACAAGUGCGUGUGAAGACACACACAGAGACAACGGUGUGGUUGGACUGCGGGUGUGGUGUGGUGUGAGCAGUCCGAUUGUGUUGGCGUCAAAAGCCUUUUGUGACCUUACUAGGUAUCCACACGCACAGAUGCGCACAGGCCCGUCUGUCACGUCUCGUGUGGCUGUGUGUGCAUAUGACGUGUGUCUCGUUUGUCUCGUCAUUAUGUGUGUCUGUCUGCAGAUAUGAGCCGUGGGACAUAUUGGGCAUCAACACGCGAUGUCUGUUCUGCCCGGAGACCAGCCCACACGACGUGCGGCAGCUGCACCAACACGUACGAACAGCAAGAAAGACCCCACACACACAUUUGAUUUGUACGUGUGUGUACGUCCCGAUGGAUGUUUGUGUGUUUUCUGCGCACUGUGGUGUGUCAUACGGUAUGUGUGUGUGUGUUUCCCCGCAGAUAGAGCGGGUGAAGGGUUCGCACAGUGUGCAGAUGAGCGACGACCUCAUCAUCAGAAUACUCAACCAAAAGAGAGACGGUCGGUAGGGUACCCACACCACACCCACACACGCAGACAGAGCAGGCAGAGACAGAGUCACCAACGUGCACAAUAAUGUUGGUAUUUUGCAGGUGAGAGGUUCUGGAAUUUAUUGCACAUGAGUCCGAUCUUCCUCUCCGGGCGGCCCUAUCUGCUGCUCGUCUGCUCCGACGCGUCACGGAUCACUCUUGACCCUGUAACAAGCCACACACCGCACACGCCCGCCAACCAUUCUCUCUGCUCAUUCCCUCUGUUCGUGUGUGUACGUGUGUGUGCAGCAAAAGCCCUCCCACCGGUCAGCCCUAGAGACGGCCUUCCGGCGAUUCUACCGGACCAGUGCCGUGCAGCAGUCGCUGUGCAUCUGACCGACUGCACAGAUGCCGAUCGAUGGAUCACGUGCUCGCGGGUCGGUUGGCGCUCGAGUCGUCUCUGUGUGAUGUGACAAAACAGACCGACAGGCCAGCCGGCAAUAGAGAGAGAGAGAGGCCGCGUGUGUCCUGCUGCCGACGAGUGAAAGGAUGUUUCCUUUCACUCCUAUUACGUAGUCGCUGCAUUACCUACCGUGCAUUGUGUGCGUGCAUGUGUGUGUGGGCUGCUGGCGGGUGUGCCACGCACACAGCGAGCCUUCGUGUGUGUGUGAGGGGGGUUGGGGAACGUGCGGGCUGACCUGCCUGCGUGUGUGUGGACAGGCAGCCAGGCAGGCAGAGAGAAAGGCAGCCAUUGAUACCAUUGGGCGUAAGUGAGAUGGUGGGUGGGUGGGUGGGGGGGGGGGGGUAUUCCUCACGCAUUUAUUAGUGCCGGGCUGGCUGACCGGUGGCCGAUCACACGCGAGCCCCUCUCUCUCUGUGUGUGGGUAACGAACGGCCUUCAUGCGUCGUUUGCGUCGAUGUAGAUUGUUUCAGAGUCGCUAUACAUCAUGGCGACGGACGUGUGCUGUGCGUGUGUCUCAAAACAGGGGGGCGGAGGGUGAGGUACUUCAUUGAGCUGUUGCGUACCUACCUGUUUUUCAUCCGUGCUCUGUCUGUCUGUCUGUCUGUCUGUCUGCGCGGGCGAAGGGACCGCCGUGUGUGUGUGUGUGUGUGCGGACCCAGUGUGUGUCCACUCAAUCCAUUCAGCCUCAGAGGUCGGUCAACUCAAUUGCACGGCCAACCCACACACGUCGGAUAUGGGCCUGUAGGUGUCAGUAUUUGUGUGGGUUGGCAGAAGGAGAACAGCAAGUCUGAUGGCCACACAGAGGUGUGUGAAAUUCGCUGACGGUUCUCACUGGCGCGUUGCACUGUUGGUGAAUUCCUGUGUGUGUCAUGUGCUGCGCUGCAGGGAUGGAUGCAAUUGACAACUCGCGACGGACAUCGGACUUACUGCGAUGCUUGAAAGAGAGAAGAGCUGGGUCCUUCACACACACACACACACAGAGUUCCAUCCAUCCAUCCAUCCAUG